AUGAGCCUGCCGGAUAUAAAUGGGCACAGCAUCCAAGUCCUCCCCAAGGAUGCUCCCAAGGACUUUGCAGCAUUGCUCUCGUCGCCACCGAGGCCAGCGAUGACAUUGAGGCAGCAACCGCCAUCACCCAAGCUUCCCAGCGGAGUCGAAACCGAGGUGACCGACUAUGUCACUGCCAAGCACUUCGAUUCGGCCUAUAACGACGACGGCGGCGUGCUGACCAAGCCUGGCGGCAAAGGCAAGGGCAAGGCGCUGAUCGACACUCCCAUCGACGACACGCCCGACGAGUACGAGCCCGUCGAGUAUGCAAGGCUACCCGACGACGACAGCGACGAGGAGGAGCUCCAUGACCGGCUGCCCGCCCACAGCCCUACGUCGCCUGUGCUCUUGACACCUGCUUCGCCGAGCGUCAACGGGUCGUCAGGCGGGGCCUUCAUCCAGCCGCGCCAGCAGCAGUUGCACGUCAAGACGACCUCGGCGACGCUGUCCGACCUCGCGACCAUGUUCCCCGAAACGCCAGUGACUGCCAUCGAGGAUGUUCUGCGCCGCGUCGGCGAGUCGCACCGCGAGGAAGCGGUCGACGCCUUGAUCAAGCUCGAGCGGGAGCGCCAAGGAUCGAGCUCGACUGCCAAGUCGCCCUUUGAUGACCCCGACAAGUCGAACGCCGCCUCCUCGUCGAGUCGUGCCAACGCUCGGCAGCCGGCGUCACCCACAUCGCCGACGCCCUCGAGCCCAUCGUCCCCGUCCUCGCCCCGGGUGAGGUUCCACGAGUCGACCCAGCCCACGUCCCCGGGCGGGAUCACGGCGGCGAGCUACAACAGUGCGGCAAAGGGCAUCCGCAUCCUCGCCGGCAAGUUUCCCGACAUGGACCGCGCCGCGCUGGCAACCGUCCUGGCGAGUUACGAUAACAACGUCGAGGAGGCUGAGAAGGCCAUCAGGGAGGAGAAGAUGGUCGACGCCACGCGCCCGCGGAUCAGCGAGGACGGUGCGAGCCAAAACGCUGCCGUCUACCUCGCCAUGAACCCUCCUGGCCCGCAGGAGGAUGGUCUCGCCGUGCUCUCGAGCUUCUUCCCCAACAUCAAGGUGUCGUGGCUUGAAGGCGUCCUCGACUCGACCUACGGCAAUGUGCCUGCCGCCGCUCAGCUGGUGAGCGUGUACGAGGAGGAGCGACUGCGCGGCAGCCUGCCUCGUCACGGCCAGAACGGGAAGAACGUCUCCGCGUACCUCGCCAACCGGGAGAAGAAGGACAAGAAGGAGGGGUCAAAGUGGAAGCUGUGGAAGAAGGACGACAAGGCCGCAAAGCGGGCGUCUGUACCGCCGCCGUUCACGAGUCGCAAUGAUAGCGACAAGGGCAAGUACGCGCCGUUGGGCGGAGCUCCCUCGCCGUCCCAGGCAUCGCCACCGCAGGCCCCACCCAUCCCCCCCAACCCCGAGGUCCGCGCCCAGGCCAUCGAAAACCUCUCGGCCAUGUUCCCCGACGCGAGUUCGGACUCGAUCGGCGUCGUCCUGGACAGCGUCAACGGGCGCGUCGACCAGGCGCUCGAGAUCCUCCUGCGUAACCAGACCGAGGAGGAGCAGAGGCAGGGGACAUAUGGUUCGAGCGUGUAUCUGUUCGACAAUGUCUCAUCGCGCGUCAUGUCCAUCCCCACCAUCUCGCUGCAUGACUUUGAGGCGCGGCGCCAAGUGAUCUUGGCCGAGCUCAUGUCGGCCGCGACCGACGUCGGCUUCUUCACCCUGUCCAACCACGGCAUAUCGCAGCAAGACAUCGCAGCUGCGUUCGAGCUGUCCCGCGCAUUCUUUGCACUCGACGACGAGGUCAAGGCCAAAACUGCACUCAAUGGCAAGAAUGCCGGCUGGGAGAAGAAUACGCAGGUGCGACCGAGCACCGGCACCGCCGACCAGAAGGAGAGCAUGCAGCUCCAGUUUGCGCGCAUGGAAGGGCUAUGGCCUGCCGAUGAGGAUGUCGACGGGUUCCAGGCGCGCGCGACCAAGUUCAUGCACCAGGUUCAGGAGCUGUCUGUUCGGGUCAUGGAGUGCUUUGCCGAGGGUCUGGGUCUGUCCCUCGACACGUUCACUGUCGGCACAGUUGACACGGAGGGUGCGGGCGACCCGCAGAACGUCCUCCGCCUUCUGCACUACCACAGUGUCGAGGGCAAGUCCUUUGGUCCCAACUUCUGGCGUGCAGGUGCCCAUGCCGACUUUGACAUCCUAACAAUGCUGUUCCAACGCGACGGGGAAGGAGGGCUCGAAGUAUGCCCCGGCCGCGUAGUGGUCGACGACUACGGGAUGGGUGCGGCAUGGCUGCCCGUCGAGGCGCGGUCCGACCGCAUCGUGUGCAACAUCGGCGACCAGCUCAUGCGCUGGUCCGACGAUCGACUCAAGAGCACGUAUCAUCGUGUGCGGCUGCCGGUGGGAGAUGAGCCGCGCGGGGACAGGUACAGCAUCGCGUUCUUCAACCAGGCGCGUGGGGGCGUGAUCAUCCAAGGCCCUGGGAAGAAGUACCCUGCUAUUACUGGCGCCCAGUUCAUCGCCGACGCGCUCGCCCGGAACCGCAUGCAGUCUGCUGCUGUUGCUGAGAGGGCUCGCCUGGUCGACGCUGAGCAGGUGGCUACCGAGGUUCACUUUGUCCCUGCCCACUUGAAGGCCGCUGCGUGAGUUGGACGCAGGUGUCCCGCUUCACAAGAUGCAUUCCGAGCCAUUCCAACUGCCUGCGACAAGUCUCUCUUCCUACUGUUUCGUAUCAACAACCUUGGUAAUGGGCACUGGCCUAGGCCGUGAAUCCACCGUCCUGCACAACAAUCUUCUUGCGGCCCGCGGCGACAUCCUUGGAAGCGCGCACCGGGUUCGGCUGCUCAUAGAUCCAGUCAAGCUCCUCGAGCGUGCGUCCGCACGACUCAACAGCAAAGAAGUACCACAUGAUGGCCUCGAACACGUCCCAGCCGACGAACACGUAGAUGUACUUGUAGCCGAGGUUGUGGAGGCCGAUGGGGCCGGCGAAGAGGUUGAUGAAGCCAAUGCCCGAGACCAUGAAGCCGGACAGAGCGAGGCCCUUUGCGCGCAUUGUCGUAGUCAGUGACUCGACCGGCACCACACCCUGGAGAGGCGUGUAGGUGAAGGAGAAGAUGCAG